AUGUGCUCAUUUUGGGGGCCAAAGAAAGCUCCAAAGCUGAUAAAGCCGAUGAAUGUGGUCGGACUUUCUAGUGACGAGACAAGAGCGCUUGAUGUACGACGGCGUCUCGUUGAUUCCUCGUCGGAGAGUUAUAACUUUAUGUUUUACUUUGUCAUUGGCGCCAUGAUGCUCACGUGUUUCGUGUACAAUAUCUUCUUUAAACGGAAAAUGGAAGCCAAUCUCUUCCAACAGCAAGCAAUACCCGAGACAAUGCUACGACAAGAUGUAAUUGCUAGUGAUCAAGACAUGAAUAAUUUGUGGGAGUGUGAAGUUUGCUCUUUUAAGAGCUAUGACGCUCAGUUGACAUGCAUGUUGUGUGGGACUGAUCGUUCCUUUAAGCUAAUGGACAAGACUGGUCGAUCGGGAGACGAUACUACGAGUGAAUAUAGUAUCAAUGCGCUCUUUUCGACCUCGUCCAGUACAAAAUAUAUGUUGUAUAUGGAAGAAAAGGAGAAGGAGAAUCCACUGACUCGUAGUACAUUGAACAGUAAACCAAUGGCUUCUCGAUCGAUCAAGUCACAGGCGUCAACGAAGAUUAACAGGGAAUCUUUCAAACAAAAACUCAGUGUGCUUAAUCUUCGACAACAGUCGGCUCGACGUCGGCAUGAAUGGUCAAGAAAACGUAAUGACGAUGGAGAACUGAUUUGGGUGAGAAAAAAACGUUUUAUGGACCGGAAGGUACUGCGAAGUCUACGGACGUUGGAUGGACUGCAUAGUCAGUCAUCGACGUCCUUACGUGACUCGAUUCUUUCAAGCGGGAGUACCAACUCGGUGGGGAUUGUGUCGCGUGUUGUUGUAUCGCCCAAGAACCCAACGGGACGGUUAUCGCUUGAGUCUGCUGAUGGAGCGCUGGCAAAGCGCUGCUCCGACAGCUCCAAGUUUACGCAGGAUGAACUAGAACAGGUUGGCUCGCUAUCUUUUCAGCAGAAACAUGCGUGGUUUGUACAGCACACAGCGGCUAUGGAGGUGCCAUGGGAAUAUGGACACGUGCUGCUCGAGAUCGAGCGUGACAACUUACUCCACAACUCGUGCGAGCAAUUACUGUGGGCGACGCCGGAUCAGUUUCAUCAGUCGCUUCGAAUUAAGUUUGCGAAUGAACCGGGCGUGGAUGCUGGAGGAUUGGUGCGCGAGUGGUUUACGCUGAUGACAAAAGAAGUCUUUGAUGACUCAACUGGCUUAUUUUAUAGAAGUGGAAAUGGCGAUGGCCUUAUGAUCAACCCAUCGUCCGCCGAAGCUAGCGUCGAUCACCUGAUGUAUUACCAAGCCAUCGGUCGCUUCAUUGGCAGGGCGCUUUUUGAAGGCAUUCUGAUCGAUGCGCAUCUGGCGCUCCCAGUGUGCAAGCAUAUUCUAGCUAUCCCCAUAACCUUUUCGGAUCUUGAGUUCGUGGACAAUGAUUUGUACAAGAACUUAAAGUGGCUGCGAGAGAACAAAGAUGUGGAAUCGCUGGCUUUGGACUUCACUGUCAACGUCGAUCAAAUGUCAAACACGAAGAAGGUGGUGGAUUUGGUACCAAAUGGCUCAAAUAUCUCUGUGACGGAAGAGAACAAGAUGGAGUAUAUUAACUUGCGCUUCAAGUGGAUCGUUGCAACAAGCAUAUCGCUGCAGCUUGGUUCAUUGAUGCAAGGUCUUUUCUCUAUCAUCCCCAAGGAGCUGAUCUCUGUCUUCGAUCAUCAAGAGCUGGAGCUUCUGAUGUGUGGAAUCCCCGACAUUGACGUACAAGACUGGAAAUCUCACACUAUUUAUGUUGGGGAGCGUGACCACCGAGCCAUUGCCUGGUUUUGGAAUAUUGUGCGUGCGUUCACGAAUGAGCAGAGGGCGCGCUUGCUACAGUUUACAACAGGUUCAGCUCGGGUCCCCGUGCAAGGCUUUAAAGCGCUGACCAUGAACGACGGGCGCAUUUGCCCGUUUACGAUUCAAUGCGUCAGCGCCGAUGAAUGUUUGUAUCCGCGGGCUCACACUUGCUUCAACCGCAUCGAUUUACCACGAUACAGCAACGAGAAGGACUUGCAAAUCGCGUUAUCUCUUGUGAUCCAAAUGGAAGUAACUGGUUUUACAAUUGAGUAA